AAGAGCGCACCAAAAGGCUUGGUGCUGGUAUAUACGCAAAUAGUGCAAAACUGGAAGGCACAAACACACGAACGGACGGAACGGAACGCCGGAGCAGGCUGCUGACGCGUUUGAACUUCGGUCCCUGGUGCUGCAUUCAACAAGGUGGUGGCAUUGGCUGCACAACACGCUCGAAGAGUGGGCAAACACGCUCUCCCGGUCCAAGGUAGCUGGCCAGUGGAACAGUACAGAACAGGCAGACGAACCACACAGGUGUGUUUGGUGCGUUUCUGUGCAGCACCGUUACUGUGCGUGCGUGUGUGACGGGUACGCUGUGCCGUGCGGAAGCUUCCAGCGAGUUGUGGGUUGUGUACGCGUUAUCAUGUGUGUAAUGCAUCGGUGAAUGGAUGUUCUAAAACGAGAAAAAUCAGUGUAAAUCAAAAGUAUAAUUCCAGCGUGAUGUAAAACCAAAAAGUGUAAGUUAAAACAACAACCACACAGCACACAGCACACAUCUUCCGAGCGUAAUUUCCAAAUGGUGCCACUGGUGUGCCACGGCUGGUAAAAGCCCCAGCCCAGCAGUGCAAUGUUUAGCAAAUCCACCUUUCUGAAGGGAGCGGCUGGUGCGGCUGCGACCGUCCUGUGCCCCGGUGGGGCCACUAGCAGCAGUGGAACAGCAACGGUCUGUGGAACCAGCAGCAGCAGCAGCAGCAGCAGCAUCGCUGACAAGCAUCGAUUCCGCAAGAUGGGCACGCUGCUACCGAGCCCGGUGAAGCUGUUCAGCAAACGGCGCUGCUACCUGUGCCUCAAGAUAGCGAUACUGGUCGUCGUGUUCGGGCUGUACUUUAUGCUGCUGCUGCGCGAAUCGAUGAGCGCCCUGACCGGGUCGUCCUCCUCGUCGUCCGGCUCUACCUCGCCGUUCGCGUCGAUGGCUUCGUUUGCCGCGCUGACGUCGCGCGGUGCAAAAAAGGCAGGCGGCGCCGGCAGCAGUGGCAAGCUGGAUGCGUGGCAGGACAAGCGGCACCAUCACGGCGGCGGCCGUGCCAAGCAGCAGGGUGGUUCCGGCCUGAAGGGACCACCGCCCGGGGGUGGCAGUAAACAGCGGCAUCAAUUUCCACCGCUGCAGCAGCAUUCGCCGGCCGCCGAUGGGAAUGGCGGUGCGGGGUCGAACCACUCCACCCUGAAUCCGGUGUACGAGUACUCGGACGAGAUGAAUGCCGCCGCCGAGACGGACUUUAACGAGCGGCGCAUGGUGCUGUGGAACGUCUGUGCGGAGCACCGGAUCGUAGGGAAGUAUCCGCCGAAUGCGUGGGAAUUUUUCAUCUCGCCCGGGCACGGCAUUGCCUGGUGCAACAUCUUCAAGGCGGCAAGCAGCACCUGGAUGUACUAUUUCAACAUACUCGGAGGAUACAGUGUGCAGUACCUGCAGCGGACGAAAGCGUCACCGAUCGAUCUCGCCCGGAAACGGUUUCCCCGACCCACCGCGAACGAGCUGAACGACUACAUCUCCAACACGAUCUCGUUCCUGAUCGUGCGCGAACCGUUCGAACGGUUGCUGUCCGCCUACCGCAACAAGCUGGAGGGUUGCCGCAACAAGUACUACAAGCUGCUCGGCGAACAGAUUGUGAAAAAGUUCCGCAAAGCUCACCCACCGAAGGGUGUGAAACCACCCCACGGGCCGACGUUUCGCGAGUUUCUCGAGUUUCUCGUCAGCCACUACCGGUCGGGCGGCCGGUUCGACGAGCACUGGAGCCCGGUGUACUCGUUCUGUACGCCCUGCAGCAUCAACUUUACGCUGAUCGCCAAAAUGGAAACGUUCCAGCGGGACAGCGAGUACAUCAUACGGCAGGCCGGGCUGGAGACGCUGCUGCUGAACAAGAUGCCGCGAUACAAGGCGCGCUGGAUCACGAACCGGUCGACGAGCGACACCCGGAACCUUAUACCGAGAUACUUUGCACAAAUCGACGAGAAGCUGCUCACGGACGUGCUGGAGAUCUAUCAGCUAGACUUUGAGCUGUUCGGGUACAACAGCACCAAGUACUACGGCUACGUCCAGUCGCCCGAUUACGGAUAGCGUGCAGCGACGACCCGGGGCAGGGGCAAAGUACUUUAAAAGACUAAAAACUGAACAAAUGGGCUGAACAGUUGCAAAGAAAGGCCACAGUUGGUAUUGUGUUGCCGGUCCCUUUGAGGACCAGGGCGAUCGGUGCGAGGAUUACGGUGCGUGUGUGCGUGCUUAAGUGUGUAUCUAUUAGGCACCGACAGCCGACAACCCGAUGUGAGCGAUGUUUAGAUGUUUAGAUAAUUGUUUUAGAAAUUCACCAAAGAAGAUGAAUGUUUUUUCCUUAUACAACCAAAACAAAACAACCAAACCAAAGUGUACACCGAUAUUUAUACAUUAUACUUCAUUCAAACCUGUGCGCGAGUGAGCGAUCUCUCACCGCCAUCUCAUGGCCCUCCCAGUGUUUGAAUAUUUCUAGUUUUUUUUUUAAUAUACAAAUUGCUGCACUGCAAAUCGUGAUAAAUAGGUUCAACCGCCGCCGUGAGUUUUUUGCGUUACACGCCACCAAACUUAGGAAGAUAGUUAUAGCUUCAAAAUUUCAAUCCCGGCACCGCUACUACUGCAGCUCCCUUGUGUAGUGUAAGGAGCGAGUUGAGUUAUUUGAACUGUUAAAGACGGUAUAUUUAUGCUCUUAUAAAAAGCAUGCUCUUAUUUAGCACAAAAAAUCCUUUAAACCAACCGAACAGAGAGCACAGCGUUGAGGCGACGGGAACGGUUCGUGUGAGAGCUUAUGGAUUUUUAAUCGUUAACUUUUUACCACCGGGCAAAAACCACGCAAAAACCUGAGACAGAGUACAGAUAAUGCAACAUUCUUUAGUGUCAGAAUAGUCAAUAGAUAGUAGCCAGAAUUAGCCAGAAUAGACAGGAUGAGAAUAUGUGUUUUUUUUUCAGUCAGCAUCUUUUUAGUAAUGCUUGUUCUCCCUGGUCCGCUGCGAUCACCUGAUUGCUUUUCUAAAACGCUUCCUGUUCCAGCCGAACCAGCAGCACCACCGGGUAACGAAACGAUGUAACGAAAUGAGAUGUGGUAGCGAUGCAAACAACGCAAACAAACCUUUUGGGAGGUUCAAAGUGCCAAACAGUAAGAAAAACAACAUACGGAAAGCAGCUUAAACCUGCUUCACCCUUGAGGCGUGAUGAUAAACGUGUAGAAAAAUAGGACAAGUUUGAAGAGAACGAAUGUGCGCUUUCACGAAAUGGACUGGCUGGUGUAGGGUAAAAGAGACCACACACUGUGUACACUUCUGUAGUUUGCAAAUCGAGCGUGAAAUAUUCGCACGGAGAACUACUUGUUCCCCUCCCUCCCCGGCCCGGUAAUGUCUACGUCCUAGAAUAGGUGGCGAACUAUUUACAACCCCCAAAGCAAAACAAAAAACGAUUAAUGAAGAACGGUAAGAUGGUAGUAGCACGGAGCUGUUCGAUAUACCCUGUUGUACACGUGGUGGAAGUAAUAAUUAUAACAAAGAAACACAUUUACACGCAUCGAACGGAAAACAGCGGCACGAAACGAGAAAAAAAACGCGACAAACGAGACUAAUAGCGGUGAAGGUAGAACAAGGGAACUAGAGAACUAGAGCGAAUGGAAGAGCACGAAACAAAGAUAUAGAUAGAGAGAAAAGAAGAGAGUCACUUGAGCAAGGGAUGGUUUUGAUAAACAUAUUUAACAAACAACAACGUUCGGAAAACUAAACAAAUCAAAAUUCUAAAUUUUGACCCAAUGUACUUGAUUUUACGUCUUUCUUUUCCAAAAAUGCAAAAAAAAAACGUGUCGUAAAAACCACUGUCGUGUAUUCUCAUCGUAAAAUUGUAGCUAGAACGAGUUCAAGUGUGUGUGUGUGAUCUAAAAGAAAAGCCAAAACAAACGUGUGUUGCGAAAAAGAAACUAAACCCACGACGAUGUUAAUAUGUAGGAUUGAAACGUUUCAAUGACAGGAGGAGACGGAAAGGCAAAAGAAAAUACUAUCGGCAAAACUCGAAAUGUAAUCGUAAAACAACCUUGAUGCUAGUGACUAUAUAAAAACACUACACCUAUAUAUAUAUAUAAAUAUACAUUAACACACAUAUAUGAACCUAUGCGAUGAUGAACAAAACAAACAAACAAACAAACAAAACCAUUUACAACCCUCUAUCUUCAUCUGUAAAUCAAUUUAACACUGUUUAUGAAAUGAAACAACAUGACAAAAAACCUACAGAAUUAUAGUCCCCGGUUUAGAGAGUAUAUUAAACGCGCUCACUCAUACACAUACACACACACACACACAAAAUAUACAAAACAAAUCAUAAAACAAACGUUAGAACUUUAACUAACCGAAAAACGGUAUGAAAUUAAUAAACAGGUUUAUCUAAACAAACACAGUAAGUGGACAAGUAAGUGGAAGUAACAUUAGCAGCAAAAGAAAUGGAAAACAACAUGAGAAAACGUUGAAGUAAAAUCUACACACAGAAAAUACAGACGGAAAACGGAGGAAGAAAGAGAGAGAGAGAGAGAGAGAGAGAGAGAGAGAAAACAAAGCAACAAAGGAAAGCAACAGAGAGUUUGCUAACCUGCUAAAACCCCCACACAUUAAUUACACAACACGGUUCGUAGAUAUAUAUAGGAUAAAAAUACAUAAAAAAAUAUGUUUUCAUUUCGUCGUUUGUCAAACUAUGUACCUUUGAGAUAUUUUUAAACAAUCCCCCAAACCCAAAGAACAAAUACAAACGAUAACAUAUACAGAGAUACAAACAUUACACACUGUAGCAGUUGGAUGAAACGAUGACGAAAGAACGUAGAAGAGAAGAUAAUUACACAAUAAAGCACAACAGAAGUAUAAAAGUAGAACAGAGGACAUUUACAACGAGAGUACAUCUACACUUUCCAGAAAGUCCACAAUAUGGCGAAGAACCAUAAAACCAUAAACUCCAUCAUUAACACCACAUAGACACACGAACGCACACCGAGAAAUAGCAAACGGAAAUAGUAGUAAAGCGGCAAAAGAUAUACCCACGGGGUUUCGUGAGAGCAAAAGUCAGUGGGCUACACUAAGUACACAACACAUCACUGAACAUACUCUACUGAAAGAAUCGUCUAUCGAUCGAAUGCCGAGCACCGGGGCAGCGGGUCGAUAGUGUGCGUACAGACAUACACACACAGCAUGAUACAUUUGGAUAGACUGAUUCAAUAAAAGUUAUAAAGUAUAUAGAAACCA